AUGGCACCUCCCACGGUCGAAGAACUUCAAAGCUUGAUCCUUAAUCAGUUGGCACAAUUGCAGGCUACGUUCCAACAAAUGCAAGGGAGUGCGAUCGGGAAUUUCGCACAUAUUGAUACUUACCGAGUUCCCAAAAUUCCACCGUUUCUAAUUAAAGAUCCAGUAAUCUGGUUUAUUCAAGUGGAAGCUACUUUCGAAGCCGCGCGCAUUACCGAUCAAAAGACUAAGGCUCACCAUGUAAUAAUGUCACUGGAUGCGGAAGUGAUCGCGUGUUGUAGGGACCUCAUUGCGGAACCCGACGCGGAUGAACCGUAUACUAGGCUUAAGGAGCGUAUCAUCGAAAGCUUUUCGGCUUCGGGAGAAAGUCAAUUGCGCCAACUGAUUAAGGAUCAAGUAUUGACAUCCGCUAAACCGUCGCAGAUCCUCAGCCGUCUACGUAACCUCAACCCUGACAAGCGGUGCGAUGAGGCGGUCCUUAAAACUAUUUUUUUCGAGUAUCUAUCGCCGUGCGUCAGAGGCAUCCUCAUGUCCUCUGAAUGCACCAAGCUCGACAAAUCAGCCAAAAUGGCGGACAAAAUCACGGAAACUUCUAAUGAAUCAGCGCAAUGUGCCGCCGCGUCGCUCAAAGAAUCGAAAACAUCCGACUUAGAAGCAAAAAUCGAUCGUCUUGCUGCGGAUCUUGCAACUCUUGCGGCCGAAGUUAAAAGACCCAGCAGAUCGCAAGCAAAAGGAGGAACGGAUAAACAACGCAAACGUUCCAAGAGAAGAUGCUCUAACGUCUGUUGGCCGCACAAAACGUUUGGCGAUCAAGCGCGAAUAUAA